UAAUCGAAAAGCUCGCUAUAACUAUUAUUCUUUAACCAUAACUUUGUUUCUUCCUCUGUCUUGUGAACUUUUCCCUUCAUUUUUACCCUGACUGGCUGACACAAUAGAUUAAAUAUAAACACUCAUUCAUAGGGGUUCAGUUUAAAAUGUAGUUUGGUUUGGUGCUGUUUGUAUUCUUCAAUCAACAUGGGAGGGUUGUGUACACGAUGUCGGCCACAAGUUCCGAAAGAUGAAAACACUCUCGUAAAACAUCAUGGGAGCUUCUUACGCCCCAAAAAGACGAUCAGUGCUGCUUUUUCUUACGGCGUAACAUCAAAUCAUGAAACUGAGGUCAUGUUAGAACACCUAGAGCCCCAACUACCCACCGUACUCAGCACUAUUGAUAUUAAUGCAGCCACAGAAGAAGACUUCAUGACCCUGCCAAACAUAACCAGGGUGGUUGCACACAACAUUAUUGACUACAGGCGACAAAUAGGUGGCUUUCGACGGAUAGAGGAUCUGGUACUUGUGAAUGGAAUUGGAGCGGGGAAACUGGAAAAAAUACGAAAGGAGUGUCAUGUAUCAAAAAGUUGCAAUAACUUAGCUCAACUUUCUGUGCCUGAAAAUAUGACCCCUCCUUCCUAUGUAAAUAUAAACACUGCAGCUGCUGAUAUUAUUUCCACUGUGUCUGGGUUGACGGAUGAAAUUUCUGUUAAAAUAGUCGAGUAUCGUGUUUCAAACGGACCGUACCACCAUAUUAAUGAUCUUGUCGAACCUGCUCAAAUAAUUGAUAUCACAACACUACUUAGAGUUAAAAGCAAACUAAGGAUCAAUGAAAGUGGAUUCCAUUCACGGCAGGCUAGCAAUGUAUCUUCCAGGUUAAGGAAUGGCUCGACCAGCAACUUCCAAGGGUUUGGUCCCGAGUGUGUUCUUUCUACUCGUGCAAAGGUAGCUUCUCCACCCAUGGUGAUGGAUGGGCGAUCAGUCGUAAGGGUCGCCACAUGGAACCUUCAACACUGCAGUUGCGACAAGACAAGAAAUCCAGGCGUGCGCGAAGUAGUUUGCAUGACCAUUUUAGAAAAUGGGGUGAAAAUACUUGGUGUGCAGGAGCUAGAUGAUGAAAAUGCUUUGAAUGAAAUUGUGAACGAACUAAACAAUCCAACUCUGCCCAACAUACAACGUUUCAAAUCUACUUCCACUUGGAAGUGUUCUGUAUUGCCAACUGCUGAAGGAAAGUUAUUUCAAGGAACAGAAUAUAGUGGAUUUUUAUGGGAAGAGUCCAUUGUUGAUUAUAAUAACAGUGCUUUGGUUAAGAAGUCUGUUGGUGGAAAAAAAUUUGCAAGACAACCUAUGUUAGGGUUCUUUAAAGUUGGUAAGGUUGACUUGGUGUUGGUGAAUCUACACAUGGAAGAUGAUGCUUCUGAUGAUCUUAUGAGGUUUGGUGAGAAUGUUAAGGAUCUUCCAGAGAUAUUGGAUGCUGUUGAUCAUCAUCUUGAUGAGGAGGAGAAAGUUGUUGUGAUCUUGGGGGACUUUAGUGUGGGACCUGAUGAGACAGAGUUCGAAGCUUUGGGAGCGAAAAGUUACAAACCUGUUAUACCGUGCAACGUUCCGACUAAUAUAAAUCGUAAAGAUAUGAAAGGUUCGCGUUGCCGUGACAACCUAUGGCUCAACCAAUCAGCAACUGCUCUCUACACCUCCGAGUGGAAGGUUGUACGAAACGGGCUGACCAACCCGUGGAUCCCCGAUGGUUGGAGUUGGGGUGGGGUGGUUUCAGACCACUGCCCCGCGUGGGUGCAGUUGUUUGUUGAUCACGAUUUAGAAGAUAAAUCAUCCAUUCUUGUUACAGAUGGUCUCACUUUAAAAGUAGAUUGUCCGCAGAAUGAUAAAUAAGAUUUAGGCUUUCCAUCUUUAGUUUGUUGCAUUCAACUUUAUUCAUAUCGGGGUUUCUCAAGCUGUGCGUUAAAAACUUUUCUAAAUAAUAAGUAUUUAUACUAAAGUUAAAAAAAAAAUAUAAAAUGUUUUGGCAUGUUUUCUCAAAAGUUAAAAUAAGUUUUUUUUUAAUAAACUUUAGUUUGCACCAAACAGGUGCUAUGCCUCUAAAAGUAUGAGAACCUCCGGUCAUUUGUAAAUAUCCACCUACAAAGUGUGGUUUUGCAUACUUUAUUGUAAACAAAUUUAUUUAGUUUUACCUAAUUCUUUACUUCAAGCCAUAUAAUGAAAUCAUGUAGUUAGCAAAAUAUUUGAAUCAAAUUAUAUUCGAUUGUUCAUGCAGUGUUAUAUCAUAAUGCCCAAUUGUUACAAGUUCCAUAUUUGGGCAAUUAUUGCACUUUCAUUUUAGAAUCGCGUCUUGCCAUUUUAAUCUUUGUAGUUUAAAACUAAUAUGAUUGGGUUAUGGCGGUUAAAUACCAAUAGUGUGUUCAACUUAUUUUUGAAUCAAAUUUGUCGUGAGGAUUAUCACUGUGGUUUUGCAGUCAGUUUGUUGAAUAAUACACCUAAGUGCGCCCAUCAUCUUAUCAAAUAUUAUUUCACAUAAAUGGACUUUACAAGUAGUGUGACAUAUAACUUUAUAUAAUGAGUUUCUUAACUUACCCUUUAUGGCCAUAGCCAUAUUUUUCAUUAAAUGGAUUGUAACUCGCAAUGCUACCUUAAUCAGCAUAUAUUAAUCGUGCAAAUGCUAUACUAGGUCGGCUCGGCUCUCUACAAAAUAGAAACAAAUUGUUUGUCUUAAUUUUGCUCGCGUUUUCCUUGCCUUAUGGAAGAUUAUUGUUUCAUUUUUAUCGUGCUGAAUUAAAUUAUAAGAGUUA